UAAGGUCCAAUGAGCCCAUAAAGAAACUAGGGUUUGCAAUCUCCCUCAGCUUCUCGGAUCAUAAACUAAACUCCUCACCUCCCCCACACGCGCCUCUCUCACAGCCAGUACAGCAACGGAGAAGAGUGCUUGAGCUGUCAAAAUGGUGGCAUUCCGGUUUCACCAGUACCAGGUCGUGGGAAGAGCCUUGCCUACGGAGGCGGAGGAGCAUCCGAAGAUCUACCGGAUGAAGCUUUGGGCAACCAAUGAGGUUCGCGCCAAGUCUAAAUUCUGGUACUAUCUAAGGAAGCUUAAGAAGGUGAAGAAGAGCAAUGGACAGAUUUUGGCUAUCAAUGAGAUAUAUGAGAAGAACCCAACAACAAUCAAGAACUAUGGAAUCUGGCUGCGCUACCAAAGUAGAACUGGUUACCAUAACAUGUACAAGGAGUACCGUGACACCACCUUAAAUGGUGCGGUCGAACAAAUGUACACUGAAAUGGCUUCUCGCCACAGGGUUCGACAUCAUUGCAUCCAAAUCAUCAAGACAGCAACUGUUCCAGCUAAGCUGUGCAAAAGGGAGAGCAGCAAGCAAUUCCAUGACUCAAAAAUCAAAUUCCCCCUGGUGUUCAGGAAGGUGAGGCCACCGUCCAGGAAGCUCAAGACGACGUACAAAGCAUCAAGGCCCAACCUUUUUAUGUAGGAUGUUUUGUUCUCUGUUGGAGGGCCACCACAUUCUUACAGUUCUCUAUAAGUGCCUAUUCAGAAAGUUUAUUCUGACAAUUUUGCUACAUGCUUUAGGGUGUUCUUUUUUUUGGGUUCUCUUGAGACAUUGCUCUUUUCCCUUUGAUUACUACAAACAACUGCUUGAUUGCUUUAGUUUUUAGUUACGCCCAUAGUGCAUGAUCUUGUUGAAGCUUCCCAUUAUAAUAAUACUCUCCAUGGCCUUAAUUGCAA